UUGAGCGUGUUUUAAACAGCCUUGUAGACACAUGACGGGAUAAAUGUUCUCAAAACCGCGGCAAGCUCCACACUUUUACGUGUACUUUGUAUUUUUCUUUGUUCAAUAUACACCAUGUUACAAAAUUGAAACUUGCGAUAUAUACACUGUGAAACGUAUUGGACAGCGCAUUUGUUCCACACACGAAAACCACAAAGCAUACUUAUUUAUCUCUGAGUUACAAGAUACCGCAAUAUGAAUCGGACGACAUUUAUGUUAUUUUAUUUUGCCGCGGCGGAUUGUUAAUACGGUUUACCUUCUUCAUAAUAUUUGAUCGCGGUUGAUAGAAUCGUAGAUUAUAUCAGCGGUCGCCCACUUAAUUCUUACUCUCCAGUCACGCCGAGGAAACGGACAUCCGACCGACAACAGACCAAGCUAGAAAUCAUAUUAUGACGACUGACCAAGAAUCGGUCGGUUUGGAGUCGGAUUGCAAUCAGUUUGGAGGUGUGAUUGAAGUAUAAGAUAUAGACCUGAAUUUGCGGAAGGAAUGCUGCAUAUCUGGGUUACUUCUUAGAUCAAAAUGGAUCCUUCCAAGUUUACCAUAAUUCCUCAAAGCGUGAAUAUUAGCGUUUUUUGUUUGUUUGUUUGUUUGCUGUAGUAAGUAUGGUGAAACCAAGAGAAUCCAUGGCUAUCCCACGUUAUUAAAAACAAAAUUGUUGAACUUUAAAGUGGGCGUGUAAAAAACUUUGAAAGCUAAAUGCAUUCUAAAUCAAGCAUACACGUCACUGCUCAAGUUACAAGACUCCAAACACAAAUUAUCAAGUAAAGAGGUUGAAGCAUGGGCUCCGACGAUCUCCAGAACGAAACCGUGAUAGGCUCCGUGAAUACCUUCGGUAAUGAAACCACCGUACAUGGAGUGCGGUACAUGAUCGCCCGCGGUCAUUUUCUCUUCCGUCUGUGCUGGCUCGCCAUCAUCGUCCUAGCUUUCGUCCUCUUCGUCAUCCAGGCCUUCAACGUCUAUGGUGAUUACGCGAGUUCCCCGUAUUCGACGAAGAUCGACAUCGUACAGCAGACGUUCAAGGCUUUCCCUGCCGUGACGGUGUGCAACGCGAAUAGGAUACGGAGAUCGAUGCUCUACGAUACAAAUUACGAGGGCCUCAUCGACAUCGACGAUAACAAUCGGUCAGAGAGUGAAGUGGAAGAUGGAGAAGCAGAAAGAAGUGAAGACAUUUGGCGCAAGGUGAACGGCCUGUACGACUGGUGGGGAUUCUACUCAGCAUCCGUAGCCGAUGACUUCAGCGAUCUUAUCAACGUCGUCAACCCAUCGCAAGAACAGCUCAUGGGCUAUGGACAUCAACUUGAGAAGUUUCUUAUCCAGUGCACUUAUGAUCAGCAGCCUUGUAAUAUGAGUUCUGACUUCAGGGUUUGGCAGAGUCGAUAUUAUGGGAAUUGUUUUACUUUUAACUUUGGGAUGAUGGAAACCGCAGAAGCUAUUACCACCAGCAAGACAGGGGCUUUAAAUGGUUUACAUCUUACCCUUUGGGUAGAGGAGGAUGAAUAUAUGGGGCUUCUAUCCCCGAGUCGGGGAGCAAAGGUCACCAUCCAUCCUCAAAAUACACUUCCGUUUCCGGAGGAUGAGGGGAUCAAUGUGGGAACUGGAAUGGCGACAUCUAUCGGCAUACGAGAGGAGGUGAUAGAGCGUAUUUCAGGGAUGACAAAUUGCGUGGAAGAAGACGGUGCAGGCACGAACUUCACCGUCACGCGCACCAACACAAUUUAUACCGUGGCGUACUGCCUCAAGUUGUGUUUCCAGCAGAGUUUGAUCAAUAUAUGCGGCUGUGUGGACGGUAUCUUACUUGAUUACACUCACUGCGAUGUCCUCAACAGUACCCAACGAGCAUGUGUUUCUAUGGUACAUCAACUCUACAUCAACAAUGGUGUCUGUACUGUAAUUGCCCACUCCCAUGCGAGGAAAGGAACUUCAAGAAAACAAUAUCAUCUAUAGACUGGCCAUCAGCGAGAUAUAUGAAUCAUCUCAUAACCAAGUUUACCAAUCAUCCUUUGAUACGGUAUACGUUGAUAAACCAUGAGGAAAGUGCAAGGCGUAAUCUGAUCCGUCUUCAGAUAUACUAUGAAACCCUUAACAACGAGGUGGUGGAACAGGUACCAAGAUAUACUAUUCCCAAUAUUCUUGGUAACUGGGGUGGACUAAUGGGACUCUUCACCGGCAUGUCGUUCAUCAGUGUCUUUGAGGUCAUCUUUUUACUGCUACGGGUCUCAAAGAUCUCUUGUACAAAACUUUUCUUUCCAAAUCGGGUGCAGCCUGUAAAAACAUGAUAGAUAUCAUGAUGACCAUUCAUUGGCGUAGCCAAAUAGGGUAGGCGGCUAGCCCCCCCCCCCUCCCAAUUAACACAGAAGAUUAUUCUUUUUUUUUAGAUUAGCUAUGCGUUUUAACGAUCUUUUGUACAAAGUUAUUAUUUUCCAAUGGAGUGCAGCCUCUCAUAAAAACAUGGUGGAUAGCA